CCAAGAGGGAAGUUCAUUCUGGGACUGACAACUGUUCCUUUGGGUUGUAGCUGCUAGAGUUGCCUUACAGUUAGCUUCGAGCAAACCGGUUUUAUGACUUAAUAGUCAAAUACUUAAGCGACGUAUCUAUCGUGGCGAAGCUCCACUUGGUUGAUGAAAGGCGAUUUAAACGCAUAAUGAGGUGAAAGUAAUGUUAUAUUGUGCUGGACAUUAACGAACUAGGUAGCGUGAAUUAACUAGCUAGCUAUAGCUAACCUAGCUACGAAGCACUGUGCUGCUUUAUUUUCCACUUGUCAACAGUCGUGUAUACUUACAGGUAGAUAUUUCAGCUGUCAGCGGUACCACGCAAACAGCUACGACCAAAGCGAGGGCAGCGAGGGAAAAGAUAUGUUUCUCUGGUUGUGUCAUUUCUUUCUGGCUUGCAGGGUUCGCCCCUAUGACUGGAGAUGUGCCUUGUGAUUUCUUCUUCAGCUUCCCUUUUGCCAUAACAGACGCCACUUCCGAGCCUUCCUUGUUUUGAUAUUGUAGUGGGAGCGAUGAGGGUCAAAGUACAUUAUUAACGCAAACGUACCGAUCUUUCGCCCUCAACGGGUCACAGGUCACCACCUAUGGAUCAAAAUGCUCAAUCCCACCACUAACGUUACAUCUCCGGUCUGCUACCAUAACAUAUGACCUAGUGUGUGUGAUUUAUGAUUAACCAAAUGUAUCACAGAAUCACUUUUAAGCAAGUGUCUCUAACGAUACACACUCCUUUACUAUGGUAAAUUUGGCCCCAGUUAAUACUAUUAGAAAACUUUUGAGCCAGCUGUGUGUAUCUUUAAUUAAAUGAAUGUGAUCCACAUGUAUGUCCGGAAAGAUACAAUGUUUGUCCGGGCUAAGACUGUUUUAACUAUUUAAAUCUUAUUAUUAGAAAUAAAUAUUUUUAGACUGCGCGGUCGCCAUUCUCCAACUGUGCGUUAAUUCUGCGGCACUGGAUGAUGCAGAGAGUGGAAAUGUUGGAUUUACACGUUGAUAUUUGUUUUUGCCCUGGAGAAACACUUUAUCUUCAUAGACAGACAAACAAAUCUGUCGAUCACGGAAAAUACACCCCGCUGUUGAAUUAAAGCUAUAAUGAUGUUGUGUUGAACUCUUCUCAAUCCCCAUCUUUAACCAGAUAAUCACCAUGCUAGAAUUAAAGCCAUCUUAUUAUCGAGUCGACUGACGCAUGCGCAUAGCGGUGUGAUAGCAAGGACACCAAAUCGAUAAUCGAGUGAAUCAACCGUGCCUCCUCCUCGGUCACAAUGGCUGAUAAACCAAAUGCUCAGAAAAGUGUCAAGAUAGCUGCUGGAGCCGUAAUUUGUGUUGAAAGUGAAAUUCGAGGAGAUGUCACCAUAGGCCCACGGACAGUAGUCCACCCAAAAGCACGCAUCAUCGCAGAGGCAGGACCCAUCGUGAUUGGAGAAGGCAACUUGAUCGAGGAGCAAGCUCUGAUCAUUAAUGGUUACCCAGAAAAUAUCACACCGGAGUCCGAGGUGGAACCAAAGACGAUGACCAUUGGCAUGAACAACGUGUUUGAAGUUGGCUGUGUAUCACAAGCCCUGAAAAUUGGGGACAACAACGUGAUUGAAUCCAAAGCUGACGUUGGGAGGAAUGUGAUCCUCACCAGCGGCUGUAUCAUUGGAGCCUUCUGUCAGGUCAACACCUGUGAAGUCAUACCAGAGAACACGGUCAUCUACGGCUCUGGAUGUAUGAGGCGGGUUCAGACGGAGAGACCGCAGCCUCAGACUCUUCAGCUGGACUUUCUGAUGAAGAUUUUGCCAAACUACCACCAUCUGAAGAAAACGGUUAAAGCCGGCCACACUGCCAGCUAGAAUUUAACUUAAUGCUUCUGAAGUUGACUUGUAAAUGAUUGGCAGACCCAUAUUUAAAUAGGUAAUUCUGGAAGGAAGCGUAAAUGUAUAUUAUUAUAUAAUAUGUACCUAGCUUGUCACUUUCUGAGAAAUAUUUUCUACUCUAACCACAAAGCUUUUCAUCUUCCUCUUCCUCUGCUCAGGCACCCUUUUCUAUGAUUGAUUAAUUAAAUAACCUCAAAUGUUGGUGUGCUUUGUCGUUUAUGACCGCUGUGGUUACUGGUAAUUUCAUCACGAGGUUGUAAAGCGUGCAGUAAGAAUACAUCGAAUUUACAACAUUACACUAAACGAGACAUUUCUAUGUAUUUUCAUUCAUUCUCAAUAUGACUUGUAUAUAAGACACUUAAAUGUUUGCAUAUAACAUGUAAACUAACUGAUCUGAAAGUCACUGCAGUGCAUGUGAAUCAAGCAAAGACGCAGUAUCUUGUAACAGUGUCAUUUAUUAAAAUAAGUUCCAAAAAGUUGUAGUAUUUUAAACCACUACGCUGCAUGGUGCUGCGAAGUCAAGAGAAUUGAAAUACUUUGAAAGUCCACGAGCUGUAAGAUGGUUCAUGCUGGACAAGAGAGCUCAAUGUGAUGCACUGCACAACACAAGCCUGUCUGCUGCUCGUCCUAUUAAAGGGAUGGAAGGCUGCCAUCAGAUGAGGACUGCCGCCCUUCAAAAUAAAAGCUUCCAAACACACA